GUGAAAUACGGAUCUCUUCAGUUCCUGAGAUGACCUUCAGCUGGGCGCGGCUGCUCUUAUCGUGUGGCAAUCUGCAGCAGUUUGGCAUUACAGCACAAUUAAAAUGCGUAUUCCAAGCGAGUUGUCAGCAUGGCUGUUCGCCGCACUGUUAGGCACCCUGUAGUGGGUGACAUCUGUGACUCCGCGCCAAGGGAGCCCGGUAGGCGCGUCUACUUGUUCUUUCUUUCAGCGCUGCUUCCAAAACAAAAACCUUACAGCGAAUAAUUACUCCACUCAUUCAGGACAAUAUUUUUUCACUCGCUCUUCAUACGAUUUUUUUUUUUCAACUUCAAUCCGUAUAUUCUCACAUGCAAGGAUGCUGGCAGUGCCGAGCUAUACCAUUGACAAGAAAUCAAGAUCAAAAUCUGCUGGAAUAUGAGGAAUGUCGUUUCUAUCUCAAAUCCACUUUGGAAGGAUUUUUGACCUUUCCAUCAACCAUCGGCACUGUUGAAAAAACUCACUCUUUGGCACGUCUCAUCUGCCAGUCAGAUGUGCUAUCAAUCAAAGGCAGAAUAACAGGCGGGAGGCUAAAAUUUCCCUAACUUUGCUCACAUAUAAUCUCUAGAUGCUGUCCCUGUUCAUCAAUACCUCAUUACACUGUGCAGAACUUCGAGUGAUUUAAAAUCCUAUCUUUGAUAUAGCAAGAGGCAGUUGCAUAUUUAAAGACAGCAACAUAGACAGGGUGUUCUACAGAAACCAUAAUCAAAAGAUCAGCAAUGUUUUGGCCUAUAUUACUCACCCUUCAGGCUGUGUGCACCGUUGUGUCACAUGCUAUGCAACAUUACCCUGCAGCCUGGGGACACUAUGACGUGUGCAAGUCCCAGAUCUAUACUGAGGAGGGCCUUGCAUGGGACUACAUGGCCUGUCAGCCAGAAGCCACCGACAUGACAAAGUACCUGCGAGUGGCCCUUGACCCCUCAAACAUCACGUGUGGAGAUCCGCCCGAGACGUACUGCGCAUUGGAGAAUCCUUAUAUGUGCAACAAUGAAUGUGAUGCUGCAACAGAGGAGCUUGCUCAUCCUCCUGAGCUGAUGUUUGACUUUGAAGGUCGAAAUCCUACUACUUUCUGGCAAUCAACAUCAUGGAAAAAAUACCCAAAACCUCUGCAGGUCAACAUUACGCUCUCCUGGAACAAGACUAUCGAGCUAACUGAUGACAUUGUUAUUACAUUUGAGUCAGGCCGCCCAGAGCAGAUGGUCCUAGAGAAGUCACUUGACUAUGGACGUACCUGGACCCCUUACCAGUUCUAUGCCACUGACUGCCUGGAUGCUUUCACCAUGGAACCCAAGACAGUGAAUGAACUGUCCCAGCGCACACUGCUGGACAUCAUUUGUACUGAGGAAUACUCUCGAGGCUAUGUGUGGAAGAACGACAAGACCGUACGCUUUGAGAUAAAGGACCGCUUCGCUUUAUUUGCCGGACCUCGGCUACACAAUAUGGCUUCACUCUACGGCCAGCUUGAUACUACUAAAAAUCUGAGAGAUUUCUUUACAAUCACAGAUCUAAGGAUUAGACUUCUAAAGCCAGCUACUGGAGCCACCAUGGUGGAUGAGAACAAUCUAUCCAGAUACUUCUACGCUAUAUCUGAUAUCAAGGUACAGGGCAGAUGCAAGUGCAACCUGCAUGCCAACAGCUGUGUGUUUGACAAGGGGAAGCUGGGCUGUGAGUGUGAACACAACACCACAGGGCCAGACUGCAGUCGCUGCAAGAGGCACUAUCACGGAAGAGCCUGGAGUGUGGGCUCCUAUCUCCCAAUACCCAAAGGAACCGCAAAUAUAUGCAUUCCCAGCAAUCAUGGAACAGUGCAUCGAGCAAAUGCUUCAUCUCUCGGUGUUGCAAAUCGCAACCAAGCUCGGGUAUGUGACAAUGCGAUGCUGCGCUGUCAGAAUGGUGGAAAAUGCCACCACCAUCAGCAGUGCCACUGUGCCCCUGGCUUCACAGGCGUCCUGUGUGAAAGGGCUAGAUGCCAGGGUCCUGGAGAGUGUGAUGACCAGCUAUCUGGACGGGCAGCCCUCCAUCAUCACUCUGUAGACCAUCCACUUUUCCUUCCCCUUUUAACAGUCCUACUUUCAAUUGUUUCUCUUUGCUGAGAAGCUUGAACCAAAAUCCCUGAAAUCAACCCCCAAGACAAGAAAUGCUGAGACAGUCCUUUCAACUUUAUGAACAUGAAAAAACGAAGUGUUUGUCCUCAGUAUAACCAUUUUUUUUAUUCCAAGACCAAGUUGUGGGGUGAAGAAAAGAGAUGGGCAAGCAGUUUCUUGAAAGGCACAGUGAAAGAAAGACUUUUUUACCUCACAGGAAAAGACUGUAGAUGCCAUUGCUUUGUAAAAAUGUCUUUCUCUUUUGCCUCUUCAUAUAAAGACUGGACAUUCUCUCCUUAGGCAAAAUCUAUCCAGAUUGUGAUGAAAAGCUCUGCAGAACUAGACACAAGUUUUCUUGUUAUCAAUUUAAGUAUUCUGAAAAAAUAUUUAUUGUGAAGAGAGACCUCUUAAAAUGAUUUUUGAAUUUUUUGGAGCGAGGAUAUACAGAUAUAUGAGUAGUAGGAUCCUUACCUGUUUAAGACUUAUGUCAUAGAGUUUGAUUAAUGGUGAUUAAUCUCUCAGGUUGAAGGCUAGUACCUUUUCAGACAGAAAACCAAAUUCACCGCAUAGUAAAUCCCAUUAAAGGAAUAGUACACCCAA